GAAGUGAAGCUCUCUGUCGGGGGCGUGGUUGUUUGGUCGGCUCUGCUCUUUAAUGACAGCACUCUUGUUUUGCUACUUUGUUUCCUUCCUCGUCCGCUUACUAAAUGAUAACUAGUCGACGUACUUGAGGCGUGUAAAGCUUUUUAUUUUACUGUGGCGUCAGCAGCUUUCCGCUAACUUGUCAUUCUCUGUAGCUGCUGUUUGUUUUUGUAGCUCAGCGAAGCUAACCGAGCGGCUAGUUUCCAUUAGCACCGUUAGCCGGAGCUAAGCUAAUCCUCUGAAAAAAAUAAACAAACAAACAAAUUAAAGAUUUCACCUGGUGAAGAAACAUUAAAGCUCUCACGGUGGAGGACUGACAUUAAAACCAUGGCGUUAACUGUGGACCUGGAUUUGCCCUGAGAGAGGAAAAUGCUUCAGCUGGAUGACUUAGCAACAAUGUCCUGCAAAUCAACCAAAGUGGCCCCGAGUGUUGAUUUCGACCACAGCUGCUCGGACAGUGUGGAAUAUCUGACGCUCAACUUCGGCCCGUUUGAGACCGUCCACCGCUGGAGGAGACUCCCUCCGUGUGAUGAGUUUGUCGGUGCAAGGCGCAGUAAACACACUGUGGUGGCAUACAGAGAUGCCAUCUACGUGUUUGGGGGCGACAAUGGGAAGAACAUGCUGAAUGACCUGCUCCGCUUUGACGUGAAGGACUGCUCGUGGUGUCGAGCGUUCACCACUGGAACUCCACCUGCUCCCAGAUAUCAUCAUUCAGCUGUCGUCUAUGGCAGCAGCAUGUUUGUUUUUGGGGGCUACACUGGAGACAUCUACUCAAACUCAAACCUGAAAAACAAAAAUGACCUUUUUGAGUACAAGUUUGCAACAGGGCAGUGGACUGAAUGGAAAGUGGAGGGGAGCUUGCCAGUGGCGAGAUCUGCACAUGGGGCCACAGUCUACAGUGAUAAACUUUGGAUAUUUGCUGGCUAUGAUGGAAAUGCCCGACUGAAUGACAUGUGGACCAUCAGCCUGCAAGAUCGUGAACAUGCGUGUUGGGAGGAGAUCGAUCAGAGCGGUGAGAUUCCUCCAUCUUGCUGCAACUUCCCCGUAGCUGUAUGCAGGGACAAGAUGUUUGUGUUUUCUGGCCAGAGCGGAGCAAAGAUCACCAACAACCUCUUCCAGUUUGAGUUCAAGGGCCACAUGUGGACACGCAUCCCGACUGAACACUUACUCCGAGGCUCCCCUCCGCCUCCUCAGAGACGUUAUGGCCACACCAUGGUUGCCUUUGACCGCCACCUCUAUGUAUUUGGAGGUGCUGCUGACAACACGCUGCCCAACGAACUGCACUGCUACGACGUGGACUCUCAAACCUGGGAGGUGAUCCACCCCAGCCUGGACAGUGAGCUUAGCUUCUCUUCAUUCAACAUUGAAGGGGACAUCCUGCAUUCUGCUGAUCACAUUGAACAAUCUCCAAAAGCUGAAUUUCCUCUUUCCCUGACUCCUCAGAUGCCCAGUGGGAGACUUUUCCACGCUGCUGCAGUAAUUCAAGAUGCUAUGUACAUUUUUGGAGGAACUGUGGACAACAAUGUGCGCAGUGGGGAGAUGUACAGAUUCCAGUUCUCCUGCUAUCCAAAGUGUACUCUCCAUGAGGACUAUGGCAAACUUUGGGAAAAUCGUCAGUUCUGUGAUGUGGAGUUUAUUCUGGGGGAGAGGGAGGAGAGAGUCUUGGGGCAUAUUGCUAUAGUGACUGCGAGAUGUCAGUGGCUGCGGAAGAAAAUCCUGCAGGCUCGGGAUAGGCAGCGUCAGAAAACUAGACAGGAAAGCAGCGAGGAAAGUGACGAAGGGGCAGCUGGAGGUCCGAGAGAUAUGCCAGCAGUCAGCAGACCUUCGGGCACACAGCCGAUGCUGGAGGUAGCCAUCAGGGAAGCAGAGGCCCAGCCUUUUGAAGUCUUAAUGCAGUUCCUGUACACGGACAAGAUCCAGUACCCACGCAGAGGUCACGUCCAGGAUGUUCUUCUAAUAAUGGAUGUCUACAAACUGGCCCUUAGUUUUAAGCUUUCCCGCCUGGAGCAGCUCUGUGUGCAGUACAUCGAGGCUUCUGUCGACCUGCAGAACGUUCUCAGUGUUUGUGAAAAUGCCAACAAGCUGCAACUGGACCAGCUCAAGGAGCAUUGCCUUAAUUUUGUGGUGAAGGAGUCACACUUCAACCAGGUGAUCAUGACGAAGGAGUUUGAACAUCUGUCCACCCCACUGAUCGUGGAAAUAGUGCGGCGAAAGCAGCAGCCUCCUCCGAGGUUGUACUCGGACCAGCCUGUGGACAUCGGGACCUCUCUGGUCCAGGACAUGAAGGCUUACCUGGAGGGAGGAGGUCUCGAGUUCUGUGACAUUAUCCUGCUGUUAGACGGACACCCACGGCCUGCUCAUAAAGCCAUACUGGCAGCCCGAUCCAGUUACUUUGAGGCAAUGUUCCGCUCUUUCAUGCCCGAGGACGGUCAGGUGAAUAUCUCCAUUGGUGAGAUGGUUCCAAGUAAACAAGCCUUCGAGUCCAUGCUGCGUUAUAUCUACUAUGGUGACGUCAACAUGCCUCCAGAGGACUCGCUCUAUCUGUUUGCUGCACCAUAUUACUAUGGGUUUUCAAACAACAGGCUGCAGGCGUACUGCAAGCAGAAUCUGGAGAUGAAUGUCACUGUGGAGAAUGUCUUGCAGAUUCUGGAGGCAGCUGAUAAGACCCAGGCUCUGGACAUGAAGAAGCACUGCCUGCACAUUAUUGUCCACCAGUUCAUUAAGGUAUCCAAGCUCCCCAACCUGCGGUCUCUCAGCCAGCUGCUGCUUUUGGACAUCAUUGAGUCUCUAGCUACACACAUAUCAGACAAACAGUGCGCUGAGAUGGGCUCCGACAUUUAGGAUGACGCCGAGAGCCGGGCUCUUUUCUCCUCUUGCAGAAGCCAUACAUCUCCGCUCCACCUACUUCUAGUCAUUCCCUCGUCCCCAAUGCGUAGUACUUCUUUUCUUUUAUGUUAGACCUCGCAUGUUUCAAACCCCAUUUUAUCCAUGCAAGUUAUUCCUGUCUCACUCUGGAGUGAAAUCAGUGAAGUUACAAUUAUUGAACGGUCCAAAAAUUCCCUUUUUUAUGUUGAGUUUAUUUAUUUAUUUUGAUUGCACAGAAGAAAACGUCUGUAAGGUUGAAUUCUGCUCAGUAUUGCUGCUGCAUUUUUUGAAUAGAUAUGCAGUGGACUGUAAUAAUUCAUUCAUGUGAUACUUUAGAAAUAUUCCAGUGUUGCCCUCUGCUUAUAAUAUACUUAAUCAAAGUAUACUAUAGAUGGAUUAUUUAUCUAAACCUGUAUUCAUCACGUGUAUUACUCUCAUCUCUGACACAGUUAACAUGCCUGGAUUAAAUGUAAGGAAUCAGAAUCAUGAUAUGAAAAUAAUCAGAAUGUAUGUCUGUCUUAAGCUAUUUGUUUUGUUAAAUGUUAUUGUCAUUGGCACACAUCUUUGUAAUACUAACCACCUCUUACCAUUACUAACAGACGAGCUCUCUGUAUCCAUACAAUAUAGCAACGUGUAUUUAGUGACAUCACUAUGCUGUUAUUAAAUAUUUACCCACGUGAGUUUCAUGUAUUUAAAGCCUUAAUAAAUCUUAUACAAAAUGAG